AUGUCUGAACUUUAUGAUAGAAUAUCAAAUGAGAGGGUUUACUGGGAUAAGAAGUCUUGUUCUAGUAUUGAGGAAUGGAAGGAAAAAAUCGCAAAUUCAUCCACCGUUUACGUUGGAAAUCUAGCAUUUUCGACACCCGAAGAACGAAUUCACGAAGUGUUACAAGCGGCAGGAGAGAUUGAUAGGAUAGUUUUGGGGCUGAACAGUAUAAAGAAAAGUCCAUGUGGAUUCGCCUUUGUUGUGUAUAAAGAUGUCAAAUCUGCUAAAAGAGCAGUUAAGAUGUUCAAAGGCUGUAUAAUAGAUGGAAGAGUAAUAAGAGUAGAUGCUGACCCAGGCACUAGUAUCGAUGAUACUAGAAGACUAGCUAGAGGCUUAAACGGAUACCAGUGGCGUGACGCUUUUAGAAAAGAGUUUGACACUAGUAGAGGAGGCCAAGGUCUUGGAGUCAGCCAUGAGAUUUUAAAUAAAAGAAUGAAAGUUCCGCAAAUGAUGUCAUCUAUACUCGCUGAACAAUCGAGGAUUGUGAACCCUUAA